AUGUUAUUAAGUCGAUUUCUACUUGAUCAAUUUCUUGGUUAUCAAGAAAUACUUAUGUCUAAUAUAAAACAAUUAACAGAAAAAGAAACAAAUAGAGUUGAUCUAUUACGUAUCAUUGAACAUAAUACAUCAAUUGUAUUUCUAGCUGCACCAUUAUUAACAAUUAUUUUAGCAUUGAUUGGAAUGGAAGCAAUUAUGUCGGAAUUUUUCAAUGAUGCAUCAACAGGUUAUUAG